GGAGGAGGACGGAGCUGCUAGACGGAGCGUUUUGACGCGCUGAGAGGAGGACAGAGCGUCACAUCUCUCCAAACGCCCAUCAAACUUUCACCACAGCCUGUAGAGAGGACUCAGUCCUCUGAACGAGGCCUGUUAGAGACACCGCGGACGCACCGGAUUCUGACCGUAUGGCUGGACAGCAAUGGAGACACUUCUGAUGAUGACUUUUGGUCCAGUUUGACCCGACUGUGAAUCCCCCUGAAAACACCUUGUUCAGCUUUCUUGUCCUUUUAGCGAAAGAGCGAGGGAUGGAGCAAGCACCCAGCGCGCCGAGCCCUCCUCCAAAACCGGCCCAACACGAGCCCAUCAGCUUCGGCAUCGACCAGAUUCUGGGAGCCGGUACGGAGCCGGAGAACGGGCGCACGGCCGGAAGACAAAGUGGAUCCGAUUUAAGCAACGGGGACGGUUAUUAUAGUUUAGGAAGCCCGACUGGGGCCAACGCGUCCUCGUACACCGCGCUGUCGAUCUCCCUCUCCGGUAUAAUGCCUCCGGUGGAGGCUUCAGGUUCAUACGGAGAGAGCAGGAGUCUGGGCAGCCGGGGAGUGAUCCGAGUUCCAGCUCACAGACCCGUAGCAGCCCCGGGACCCCCGGCCCCCGUCCAGAGCGCUGUUCCUGGGUUUGGGGGGCUGUGCUUCCCCUGGAUAGGAAACAGGUUCGCCAAGGACAGAAUAUCAGCGGCUCUGGUGCCGUUCGCCGUGACGCGGCGGAUAGGUCACCCGUACCAGAACCGGACGCCUCCCAAACGGAAAAAGCCACGAACAUCCUUCUCCAGAGUUCAGAUCUGCGAGCUGGAGAAACGCUUCCACCGCCAGAAGUACCUGGCAAGCGCCGAGCGGGCAGCUCUGGCGAAGAGUCUGAAGAUGACGGACGCGCAGGUCAAAACCUGGUUUCAGAACCGCAGGACCAAGUGGAGACAGACAGCCGAGGAGAGGGAGGCGGAGCGCCAGCAGGCCAAUCGCCUCAUCCUGCAGCUGCAGCAGUCCGCCCUCCAGAAGUCUCUCAGCGAAUCAGCGGUGUCGGAUCCUCUGUGCGCCCAUAACUCCUCCCUGUACGCGCUGCAGAACCUCCAACCCUGGGCCGAGGACAGGGAAUAAGGACCGGACACCACGCGGUAAUCACUGAGCAUCCUCUAUGAUCCCUGGGAGGAUAAAUCAAUUCAAUUAGGCCUACAUGAGGACAGAGGGACGUACCUUGAUCCUUACUGUGGAGAAGAAGAAGAAGAAAAAAAAACUAAACAACAAAGUGUGACCACAGAAACUGGUGAGUGGAUCACAACUACAGUAUUUGAGUGGAUGCUUGUGAAAGUGGACCUGAAAUGAUGGUGAGUGAAGCCAUCAGAAACUUUGUUGGACUAAAAUUUGCAGCUCAGUACUCGGGAACAGCAGGACUCUUCAAAUCCAAAAAAAAAAAAAAAAGAAGGAAGCUGUGUUUAAAAAAAAUCUUUUCACCCUGUUGUUGUCCUCUUAUGCUUGUAUACUUAUUCUGUUUAUUAGAAUAAGAUGAGAAAGAAAUGUACCCUAUAGACCUAAAGGAGGUCAUUAAUUCUCCACGGUGAGAUGCAAGAUUCAGUGUUUUGUGAAGGUGUUUUCUUUCAACCAUCUCCUUAUUCUGAAGCAGACGUGGCUCUGUGUUUUUUAAGGGGAGGAACACCAGCUAAAUAAAGGCAAUACCUACACCGACACACCCAUACAACCUGCAUUGAAAUGUGUUUAUUAGAUUUAAAUAAAUCCCUUGCUGUGUUUUGUGAAAAAAUACAAAACAAAAAAUGUCUCACAAACAUGCAGAUAGAAGCUGAUUCAGAGAUUAUUUUAGAUCAUUUUGCUGAUUAAGAAUUCAGAUCUUAUUUAUAAAUGUAGCCACAGUACAAACACAGGUAUGUUACGCCACCUUAGCCCAAACACGACGACACCCAAAUGUUACAUUAUGGUGGGGGAAAUGCUAUUGUGAGAGGUAAUAAAAGGGAAACAGAUACCAGGAUUAGUGGGGAGAGGUGUAGAAAAUAUGAAAGAGGCUGUAAGUUGGGUAAUAAAGGGAGUGAUGCAUGUUCAGUGAUGGUGGUGAAGUUUUUUCAUAUGCACAUUAUCAUGCUUUAUUUGUGGGCCGCGUCCUCUGGGAUGGAGGCACUUUUUUGUACUUUCAUUGUAUAUGUGUAAAUAACAGUAUAAACUGUUCCUGUGA